AUGACUUUGCCCGCGCAUUGCUCUGUUUGGGAGGGCCUGGCCGUUGGAUUGACAUCGCAAUCUUCUUCUUCAAAGCAAAAGAUGAGUUGUGAUCAUGUCGGAGAACCAACUGUCAUGGUCAGUCAUUCGUGGUCGAGCCCGUACAUCCACCUCACGGCUAUUUUAAAGCGCUAUGAUGAAAAUACCAACACAAACAAUUUUUUCUGGUUGGAUAUCUUCAGCAUGAAUCAGCACGACUUUGCUGACUUGUCUGGAGUGCAGGCCUCCGAUCCAAUGGAUGGCAGUAUAGCAAACAUGUAUGACACCAUGCUGCAGGCUCUGACUCAAGCAAUCAAAGUUCCAAAUUGCAUGCUGCUGGCCCUAAUCCCACAUGAGCGGCCAGCCCUUCUGACACGAGCUUGGUGCCUCUAUGAGAUUUAUAUCGCAUGGAAAGUGGGAGCAGAAGUUGCGUGCGGAUUCGUGCCGGAAGCAGAGCAGUCUGUAAAGAAGAGUCUAUUGAAGGAUGACAUGCUGAUUAAUCAAAUCAUUGACUCGGUCGAUGCAAAGGAGUCUCGAGCCACAAAAAACAGUGAUCGCGAAAUGAUCUUAGAUUUGAUUGCUGAGGCUUGCUAUGAAGGCUCCUUGCUCACCAACUCCUUCUCCAUCAAAGUGGUCAGUGUGGAUGGAGACGUGGGAAUUGUGGACUUGAAGGCAGUUGGCUCAUCGUCUCAGCAGUGUGAUGGAGUGGACUUCCAAAACAGCGCUGGAUCGAUUACGGUGGAAAAUGACCCAGGAUGUGGCUUGAGCGACUACGACUACAGUGUGAAGUAUUGCUCAGAUCAGGACAAACUGAUGGUUCGUCUUGUGAAGCCUGAUGCUUAUGAUGUUACGGUGACGCUGGAGAAUCAUAAAUGCCCCGAUGGCGGAGAGGUCUGA